UUGGUGUUCUCAUUGCUUCAGACUCCCACUCGUCCAGGGAUCCAACAGUGCCUUCAUCAUCGCUAUCACUGCCAUUCUGAGUGACCCGAAAUGGUCCGAUGAGUCACUGCAGGAACAUGUGGAAGGAAACGGGACAUCUCCUUGGAAGAUACGGAUGAGAGAGAUCCAGGGCAACCUGAUGUUGGCAUCUGGAACUCAGUUUCUUCUUGGCAUCUCGGGAAUCCUUGGAUUCAUAAUGAAGUUCAUCGGGCCGCUGACAGUAGCGCCAUGUGUGACAACCUUGGGGAUGACGCUCUGUGGGUACAUGAUACCACUGUGCGAACAGCACUGGGGCAUCGCCAGCAUGUCAAUACUUCUCAUCCUACUGUUUUCGCUGUUUCUCGUCAAAGUGAAACUUCCGUUUCCAGCGUGUAAUGGAGAGAAGAAGUGCCACGUUAUUCGGUACCCUUUGUUUCAGCUCAAUGCCAUGCUUUUAGCAAUGGCUGCAUCAUUCCUCGUAUGUCACGUGCUGACUGUGACAGACACGUUACCUAGCAACUCCACCAUGUAUGGUCACAUGGCUAGAACAGAUGUCAGACUGAGUGCCCUCCACGACGCAGGAUGGUUUUACAUUCCUUUACCAUUUAAAUAUGGACCACCAACUAUCAGUGGAUCGGGUUAUGUGUCCAUGCUAACUAUCACCAUGACAGUUGUGAUUCAACUUCCUGGCGUCUAUCAAGCAGUUGCUCUUGGAACAGAAGUUCCUCCCCCACCCUCUCACGCCAUCAACAGAGGUUUGGCAGUGGACGGGUUGUCUGGUGCUGUGGGCGGUAUGCUAGGGGGAGUGUGUGCUAGUGUUGUGUACGUCCAAAGCCUUGGAGUUAUCGCCGUCACAAAGGUAAGAGACAGGUAG